AUGGACGAAGACGUCCCCGCCGAGCUGCGCGAGCUCGAAGCCGACCGGCUCAACUCCCUCGCCGAGUUCAGCUCGCUGAGCAUCGUCGAAGUCCUGGACCAGGACUCCCGCCCGACCUUUGUCAUCGAUCUCGACCCGGACGAGGGCAUCACCGUCGGGUCCCGGCGCAUCCAGCCCGUCUUUUGCAACGCCGCGCUGCGACUCCACGAGAAGCUCUUCGACACCGUGACGGGAAAAGCGCCCGACGACGCCCUGCACGACGCCGAUAAACCCUCGUACGAAGACUUUAGCAGCUGGGCGACGGGCGUGACGAGGUUCGACAGCUCGCGGGAUGUGUUUCCCCAAUCCUUCAUCUUUCGCGACAUGCUCUGGACGGGCUCCACGGUUCGGCAGCGGUGGCGCCUCGUCAGCGGCAGUCUCCUGGCCGCGUUUGCUCCGCAGAGGGAGAAAUCAUCCGCCGCCGCCGCCGCUGCAACGACGCGGAGUCAGGCCACGCAAUCUCAGCCGCCGGUGGCGCACGACCUGGCGCAUUCCGCCAGCGCGACCGACGCGAGCGACAGCACGGCGCGCAACACCAUCUUCUCCAGCAACACCCAGGGCCAGUCGUCCCAGUCCUCGCGGCACCCCUCCAACCCCAACCCCAACACCUCGAGCUCCGGGAGCACGGGCGGGUCGUCGCAGAGCGCCCGCAUCACCUUGGCCACCCCGGAAAGGCCGACCGUCAACUGGGCCAACACCCCGCUGGGUCCCAUGGAAAAGUGGUCCCCCGAGUUCCGCCAGAUGGCCAACCUCGUCAUGGGGAACCCCACCCCGCCGCCCUGUUUUGGGGCAGCGACCUGA